AUGGAGGCUGAGACGCAAAUCAUCAGUACGAACACGUUUCCAGGCAUGAACGUCAUCGACCUGAUGCCGUCCCUUGGAAAGCUACCCAUGUUCUUGAAGCCUUGGGAGAGAAAGGGGCGUGCGAGGUAUCGUAGAGAUUUGACUUGGGCGAUGAAGAGACUCGAGGCUGCUCAAGACCGCCUCGCAAAGGGCGAUCCGUCCUUGGAAAACACGUUUUGGGGCUCGGUUCUGCAGUCCGACGAUCUGAGGGGGAUGUCAUGCAAAGAAGAGGUGGCCAUUCUGGGGUUGUCGCUCAUUGUCGGAGCUGCGGAUACGGAUAAUGCUCUACCAGAGUCGGAUGACGACGUGGACGUUCCUGGAAGCGAUGAUGAUGUUUCCCGAGAUCGAGUCGUCGGCGAGAGGAUACCCGUCUACGAUGACCUCAAGAGCAUCCCCUAUCUCCGCAUGAUGAUGAAGGAGCUCUGGAGAUGGCGGCCGCCAGUGGCGCUUGGCCAUCCUCACAUCACUGCGCGAGAUCUCCAGGUUGGGGAGUAUUGCCUGCCGAAAGGCGCGAGGCUUCACAUCAAUGCCUACGCCAUCAGCCACGACCCCGCGAGACACGAGGACCCAGAGCGCUUCUGGCCGGAGAGAUUCAAGGACGACGAGACCACGACGAUGGAGAGCAUGAACGCCCAAGACCCGACGAAGAGGGAUCACUUUGCGUUCGGGGCCGGCCGACGCGGUUGUCCGGGAUAUCACGUCGCUGAACGGUCGUUUGUGAUCACCAUGAUGCGCAUCCUGUGGGCGUUUGAUAUCGCCCCGGCGCCAGGGACCAAGUCGACGUUAGAAUUUGCUGACUACGCCGGCGAGUUGCCCGGAAAUCCUGCGGACGAUAUGCCGGUGAAGUUGACGUACAGGAGCGAGAGUCGGAAGAAGAUCGUCAUGGACGUUUUUGAGAGGGAGACUGCGGCCAGGCCGGCUAUGAUGCCGUUGAGUAUGGGGGAGAAGCGCAUACCCAAACCAGAGGAAUAUUUGUAG